AUGACCCCUGGUUCUGAGUCUCGCGAUGCAACUCCACCAUUGAAGCGUCGUAGAACUGACAGCGAGUCACCUCGAUCAUCCAAACCCCAAGCGACGUCCGCGCCCGAAGAUGACAAAGGUCGCUCCCGCCCGACGGACGGCCCAGAUGACCGCGGACGAAGCCAGGAUGCGGGUCGCAGAUCACGCGAUCUGAGCGGCUCGAGGGGAAGAUACUCGUCACGGUCUCGCUCGAGGCGAGGCGAUUAUUCCAGGCGCAGCUCCAGGUCGCGGUCACAAUCUGGCUUCCCGUCACGGUCAAGGUCUCGUUUCGACUCCCGCUCCCGCUCACGAUCGCGCUCAGGCAGCCCGAGGAGCAGACGGGAUGCAUCACGCUCGCGCUCCCGGAGCUCGGAUCGCACACGCUCUGAGUAUUCGAUCCCGCAGGCCUCGCAGACCCCUCUCCCCGAGAAAACAAGGCCAAACUACAAGCCCAAGCUGGUCCUCCAUGGACACACCAAACCUGUAUCUCAGGUCCGGAUUUCGCCAAACGGCAGCUUUAUAGCUUCAGCGUCAGCAGAUGGCACCAUUCGUAUAUGGGAUGCCGCCACGGGGAGUCACAUGGAUACGCUUGUCGGGCACAUGGCUGGCGUUAGCUGCAUUGCCUGGAGCCCUGAUAGUAACACCAUUGCAAGCGGCUCCGAUGACAAGGCCAUUCGACUGUGGGAUCGAGUUACGGGCAGACCGAAGACCACGGCACGCAAGUCGGCGGCUGGCAACGAGAUGGCCCCUCUUCGUGGACACCACAACUACAUCCAUUGUCUUGCUUUCUCGCCCAAGGGAAAUAUCCUGGCCAGCGGAUCCUACGAUGAGGCCGUGUUCCUGUGGGAUGUUCGAGCUGGCAGGCUGAUGAGAAGUCUGCCUGCUCACAGUGACCCGGUCAGCGGCAUUGACUUUUGCCCGGACGGCACCCUCGUCCAUAUGCUGUCUGAUUAUCUUGCACAUGAUAUUGACAUUUCGAAUAGCCGGGUAUGGGAUACAUCCACAGGACAAUGUCUACGAACGCUAGUCCACGAAGACAACCCCGCCGUAACGCACGUAUGCUUCUCACCAAAUGGCCGGUUCGUGCUCGCUUUCAACCUGGACAACUGCAUUCGACUUUGGGACUACGUGGCGGGCAAUGUGAAGAAGACGUACCAAGGCCACAAGAACGAAAAAUUUGCCAUUGGAGGCUGUUUCGCCGUCCUGGACGACGUCCCCUUUAUCGCUUCAGCCAGUGAAGACGGCGGAAUCGUCCUCUGGGAUGUGAAGAACAAGGAGGUCCUCCAGCAGAUCCCGAAACAGCACAAGGGCGUAUGUUUCUGGGUGGACGUUCACGGCGACAUCAUGGCCAGCGCAGGUCAAGAUCAUUCAGUACGAGUGUAUCGGCACGUCCGGAAGAACGGUGGAUUGGUUACGGAUGGCGAUGCUGAGAAUCAAAAGCCCAGCGGGGCAGAGACCGGAGGAGAGACUGCGCUGCCCAUCAGGCAGGAAGAUGUCAAGAUGGAGGAUGCAUAA